AUGGGUGAUGUGUUUCCUGAGCUGAAGGACAAUGAAAAGAAGAUUAAAGCUAUUAUUAAAGAAGAGGAGGCAAGCUUUGAGAACACUCUAGCGAAGGGAUAUGAGAGAUUUAGGAAAGCUGCAGAUGCUGUCAAGGAGAAUGGCAGGGCAAUACUUAGUGGCCAGGCAAUAUUUGCACUACAUUAUUAUAGUCAAUCAUUUGUUUGCUGCAAGUAA